UAAUUUCCCAUGUUAACAUCAUUACAAGAGAAUUUUUCACACUACCAUCAAUUUUCUGUCUCUUUCUAUCAGUAAGAAAUUUUCCUUCAGGGCAAAUGUGUGGAAACAUCAUAGUUAAUAAUGAACCUGUUUAGAUCACACACACACUUAUUGUACUGCAAUCAAGAGAGGAAGUAGAAAAACAGGAGGUGUCGGUCAGAAAUGUAUCCUCUGUAGCAAUUGAGGAUGAAAGCAGUUCUAAAGCCAGCAGUGAACAUGCUACGGAACAUUAACUCAGCGAGCAGUGAGAUCAACCAGGUUGGCUCUACUAGCCCACCAACAGCCAUGCCCCACCUUACAGUGUGCAACCGGCCACUCAACUGGACUCUGACCCUAGUGCUGGGGUAUCUUUUUUACCUUCUUCUGGGAGCUAUGGUGUUUCAAAUGCUAGAAAAACAGGCAGAAACCAAAACCCGGGACCGGUUCCAAAUUGAGAAACUCAAGUUCCUCCAGAACUACACAUGCUUGGAUCGACAAGCCCUGGAGCAGUUUGUGCAGGUCAUUAUGGAAGCUUGGGAGAAAGGUGUAAAUCCUGAAGGAAAUUCUACUAAUCCCAGCAAUUGGGAUUUCAGCAAUAGUUUCUUCUUUGCUGGAACUGUUGUCACCACCAUAGGUUAUGGGAACCUAGCCCCCAGCACAGUGCCUGGGCAAGUGUUCUGUGUAUUUUAUGCCUUGUUUGGGGUGCCCCUUAAUCUGGCAUUUCUCAACCAGCUGGGAAAAGGGCUCAGUGCUCAUCUCAUCAAUCUGGAGACAUGGUUCCAUAAACCAGGUCGAGCUCGGGUGAUUCAGAUCCUGACAAUGGGGUUGUUUCUGAUGGCGGGGACUCUGCUUUUUCUGGUUUUCCCCCCAAUGAUCUUUAGUUAUGUGGAAGGCUGGAGUUAUGGAGAAGGCUUCUACUUUACUUUCAUCACCCUUAGCACUAUUGGAUUUGGAGACUACGUAGUAGGUACCGAUCCAAACAAACACUAUAUCUCAGUGUAUAGAAGCCUGGCAGCAAUAUGGAUUAUUUUUGGCUUGGCCUGGCUUGCUCUGAUCUUCAAUCUGGGAGCUAACGUGAUGGAAAAAUUUGUACAUCUCAACUGGCAAAAUCAUGACAUGGGCACUGGAGAGACAGCUGUCGCCAAAACAGAGGAUAAUCCUGACCCACACAGGAUCCAUAUCCCCAGCUGAGAGUGGCUCAUGGAAAAGAGAAAACCUGUUAUGUCCUCUUCCUCAUGGUCACCAAGCAAGGUUUAUGGGUAAGAUAGACAGCAUCAUAUGAGAGGAAAGAAAUGUUUUAGCCAGAAGAGAUGAUGCUCUUUUAGUUUAUAGAAAAACAAUGUAAGAUGAACUUAAAAUAUAAUUGCCUCAUGCUCUUCAGCAAACACCACUUUUACCUCCCAUUAUCUCCUGUGGUUUAGAUUUACUUUGGAGCUACUGGGAAGGAACAGGCUACAUCAUCCCUGUUGUCAAACUCUGUAGAAAUCAGUUUUCCCUCCAAACUUGAAAUGAAGGAAAGCAAGAAAGUAAGAAACAAUCUCCAUGUGCUUCCUUGUUUUACUCAAAACAAACUUUAGUCUGAAACCUCUGAAACCUUUCUGCCUUUUGGAGUAGAACAAGCUCGGUACCAAUUGAGAAAGAAUUUGCAGGCAAAUAAUAGCUCCAUCCCCAGCUUUCAAUAAUGGCUUAUUUUUUUCCACUACUGAACAACAUGCUACUUGCCUCUGUCAUCUGGGCCUGUUUUACUGGUAUCAGCUACUAUUGGCACAAGACCUGCUCCAAACAAAUGGACUUCUGAACACUUGAUGUGUCAUUUGAGGCAAUUUUGUCUCAAGUUACAUAUUUG